AUAUAAUUGCACAUGCUUUCUUAGACACCUUCACAUUUAGCAAAGAAGAAGUGAUUAAACAAACCAAAAAAAAAAAAAAAAAACUGCGCUAUUAAUUAUCUUUCUUUUUUUCUUUUUUUUCUUUUUUCUCUUUAAGUUCUCUUAGUUUCAGUUUGGUUUUGCUUUUUUUGGGAUUUUCUUGGAUUUUGCUUGUUUGGGUUGCAAAGAGAAAGUAAAAGAAAAGAAAAUAUAAUAGAAUAGAGAGAAAAUGGGUAGAGGUAGGGUUCAGUUGAAACGAAUAGAGAACAAGAUCAACAGGCAGGUUACUUUUUCAAAAAGAAGAGCUGGUCUGUUGAAGAAAGCUCAUGAGAUCUCUGUUCUUUGUGAUGCCGAGGUUGCUCUCAUUGUUUUCUCUCACAAAGGGAAGCUCUUUGAAUACGCCACAGAUUCUUGCAUGGAGAAGAUACUUGAACGCUAUGAAAGAUAUUCUUAUGCAGAGAGACAGUUAGUGGCAUCGGUUUCUGAACCAGAGGCUGUCCAGGGGAACUGGACCCUCGAGUUUUCAAGGCUUAAGGCUAAAAUAGAACUUUUACAGAGAAACCGAAGACACUACUUAGGAGAAGAUCUGGAUUCACUGAAUCUGAAAGAGCUUCAGAACUUGGAGCAACAACUUGAUACUGCUCUUAAACAAAUUCGAUCGAGAAAAAAUCAACUCAUGUACAAUUCAAUCUCUGAGCUCCAGAGAAAGGAGAAGGCUAUGCAGGAGCAAAACAACUUACUUGCAAAGGAGAUCAAGGAAAAGGAGAAAUUGGUGGCACAGCAGAUGCAGUGGGAGCAGCAAAACCAUUGCCCUGCUUCGUCAUCCUUCCUGCUACCUCAGCCGCUUCCCUGCUUAAAUAUUGGGGGAAAUUAUCAAGAAGUAGAAGCCCCAGAAAUGAGGAGGAACGAGCUGGAUCUGACUCUUGAACCAUUAUACACAUGCCACCUUGGGUGUUUUGCUGCUUGAGGCCAUGCCUUGUUGCCUAUAAACAUAUAUAUAUAGAUAUCCGUAUAUAUAUAUAUAUAUAUAUGUUUGGUUUGUUUGCGAAAAACAUCUACCUAAUUAAUUCGGUUCUGUUGCUUGAUCAUCCUAUAUAUAUGUGCCUAGCUAUAUUAAAUAUGAAUUCUGGCAUAUAUAUAUAACAUGUUUGAUCUACAUAUUAUUUAUAACUCUUCUUGUUAAUUUGGAGGUAUGAUCAUCAACUAAACCAACGAUGAUGAUCAAUUUGUACCAAUGAACCUCCUCUAUCCAACUCUAUAUAAGUGUUGUAUUUUUUGAAAUA